CGAGUUCAGUUUGAGGAAAAGCACGUUCGAUAUAUCGAUCAAUUGAUUCUGGCAACGGAGAAGCUGUUGAUGAGAGUCCAAGGGAACAUAUGCGUUCAAGUACAAGGAUUGGUCUGCUGGCAUCGUCACGAUCAAGUCGAGCGUUUGUCUUGCCGAUAUAUUUUUUGCAAAGAUCUCCCUCUGCGCUCCAUUCACUCCACACGGACACGAUGUCUCAACAAGAUGCAACAAGGAAACUCAAAAUAUUAAUGCUUCACGGUUACACACAAAAUGGCGAGCUAUUCUCCUUGAAAACCAAAGCACUACAAAAGAGCCUCGCGAAGCAAUUCCCGCCUGCGCCGAAACCAGGCCAUCUCAAGGACUUUCCCGGCGGCAUAGAUUUUGUAUUUCCGACCGGACCGAUCCAUCUUGACCCAACCGACAUUCCCGGAUAUGAUGGCCACGAUCCCAAGGAAUCCUCCGAGGCUUACGGCUGGUGGCGGCGCAAAGGUGAUGGGCAGCCCUAUGUGUAUCAGGGCAUCGAAGAGGGUUUGGGGACGAUAGCAAAAACGAUGCAGUCCGAGGGACCGUUCGAUGGAGUAUUGGGCUUUUCACAAGGUGGUGCAUUGGCAGGCAUGGUCACGUCACUCUGUGAGCCUAUACGGCGACAGGCUUUCGAUGCCGCAGAGCAAAAGGGCGGAAUGCCGUUUCCGAAGUCCUUCAUAUCCAACGGCUCUGGCUCUAACGACAGUCCGAUCCAUCCUCAACUCCGCUUUGGAGUAUCAUAUUCAGGUUUCGCCGCGAGCAAUAACCCCCUAUACGAGCCCUUCUACGAGCCCAAGAUGACGACGCCGGUGUGCCAUUUCAUCGGUAGCGUAGAUACCGUCGUCUCCGAGGAACGAAGUCUGCAACUGCUCGAUGGCUGCGCUGAUGGGAAGGGACCUGAGGGUCAAGUCCCACGAUUGAUAUAUCAUCCCGGUGGCCAUUUCUUGCCGAGUGGGCAAACGUAUGUGACAGCUUUGGCGGCUUUUAUCAGGAAUGUGCUGGAACCACCAGCGGCACGGAAGGAAGAGGAGAGCGCUGAGGACAUGGAUCUGCCAUUCUGAGAAGGAUGAUGGCUGGAACUCGCGAUUGGAUCUUUUGACCGAAGACGAAUUUGAUGAGAUAGACGAUAGACGAUUUGUAUUCACAUAGACACAAGACCAAACCCUCCUUUUGCUGCAGAGCAUCCUUUCAAAGCACUGAGCAGAGUCGGGGGUGGUGGAUGGGAAACUUGAUUACGUAACCCCCGA